UGAACCAUGCACUUGUGGUCGGAACUUUAGAAAUACAGGACAUUCUUGGGAGUGAUCGUUGGAGAUUCGCACGGAAGUAUUUUCAUCGGGUUACUGUCUUUCUAUCAGACAGGAGUGACAUUAUGGCCCUCUUGACGGUUCCUGGUGGGGUUAAGGUCGGCAAACCAGCGCUGACCUUCUCGAUAGACAAAAUCAUGGGAAACAAUCGUGCUGAAAUAAGCGGAACGGAAGAAAAACAGCGAAAAGGAGAAAUUACCAGCAAGAGCGCAAAAGACGCCGGUUCAAAUAAUGUCGCUAAGCCAUCAAAUCGUAGGAAAAGAUUAUUUGAUGAAAAGUGUGAAAAUGACAAGAAUGAGAAAGGAUUCCAGCCUGUGCGGAAUUUGAAGACUGAUCAUGGUAUUUAUGACGAGAUCAUGAAACACCAAGUGCUCAUGGCAGCUCAGUACCAGCACGCUGCAGCGUUGCUGACGGCGGAAACGAACAAACAUCACGUGAUGUCAUUCAUUCCGCGGGAUUUCUAUGACGUCAACAGGAAUGCGUUUGCGUGCGUCCAUCCUGCGUUCGCCAUGGGAAGAACGUCAAAAGAGGAAUACAGAGCGCAUUUAAUGCACAAUUUUCACGACCAACAUAACUGGUCACAUGUGGUGAAAAAUAAAGACGUUUCCUACGACGGUACUGAUUUUCUAAAUUCAGUCUACCCGCAAAUGUCCAGAAAGUCCAGUAAUCCGGAAACUGACUAUUCAGCUGGACAACAGAAUUUGGAUUAUGCAAGAAAGUAUGUCGCAAAUUCUGAAAAACAAGCAGCACUAGAUAGCGGAAGUGACGAAACCAGCUCCGACAGCUCGGGCGUCGCACAAGUUCCGGAACCGGAUGUAGCGAUUCAGAGUCCUUCUGAAGAAAGUUCCCACGGGGCCGUUGCAAGCCGGAAAACAACGGGAAAGGCGCAGAAGAGUUUCUCUUGCCCGGAAUGCGGGAAACUGUUCAACGCUCACUACAACCUCACCCGACACAUGCCCGUUCAUACCGGGGCGCGCCCGUUCAUUUGCAAGGUGUGCGGCAAGGGGUUCCGUCAGGCGAGCACCCUGUGCCGCCACAAGAUAAUCCACACGAGUGAGAAGCCGCACAAAUGCGCCACCUGCGGGAAGGCCUUUAACCGGAGCUCCACCCUCAACACGCACAUGCGAAUUCACCUAAACUACAAGCCGUACACGUGCGAGCAUUGCGGCAAGGGCUUUCAUCAGAAAGGCAACUACAAGAACCACAAGCUGACGCACAGCACGGAGAAGCAGUACAAGUGCACGAUCUGCAACAAGGCCUUCCACCAGAUCUACAACCUCACCUUUCACAUGCACACACACAACGACAAGAAACCCUACACCUGCAACAUCUGCGCCAAGGGUUUCUGUCGGAAUUUCGACCUGAAGAAGCAUAUCCGGAAAUUGCACAGCGAUGGUGGACAUUCCGGUCUUUCAAAGUCCAACGGAAGCGAUUCGCCGCCGGAUUCCCCGAGCACAUGCGGAGUGAUCGGAUCCAUGAGUCCUGGAAGUUGUUCGACCUCGUUUCAGCCAAAUAUGGCUUUAUCACCGUACGUGCAAGGAUAUUUUCCGGGGCAUCCUCGACAGGGUAUAUUUCCCAGACCGUAUAAUUGCCAUGGGCAUAUAGUUCCGUCGUAUUUUCUGAACAAUGGAGCGACAAAUAUUUUGCAAAAGUUGUCAUUUCUGUGAUAUGUGUGUUCAUGAUUUGUAUAAUUUAAAAAUUAUAGCAGUUUUAC